AUGGCCAAUCUCGUUUUACCUACUUUCGAUGACAAGAUCGAGGUUUUUCGAAGUCUGCUGGAACAUAGAGGUUGUCCUGUCUAUGAUCCCGAGUUCGGUGAACAUGACAUAGCACGCAUGUUCUGUUGUUGGGGGCGUAGCGAGCUCGGAGAAAACGGCACCGUCGAGCUCUCUCCAGUUCGCUCGCCCGUUCCUAUGGGGAAGGUCUCCUCCAAACUACCACCCGUUCCUGCGAAGGAAGUCUCCCCACUAUUGCCCUUUCCUCAGAGUGGAGUCAUUACCGUUCAGUCUGAAUAUCUCCAACUCGAAAGGCGCAUAAUGGAGCAGUAUGCUUAUGACCAUGCAUAUUCAAAAAAAUAG